AUGUUUGGAUAUUACAGGGAACAAAUUAUAAUCCCUUACGACAAACCCAAAAUUCUUCUUGACGGUGAAGAUGCAGCAUCAACUGUGAUCCAACAUGACGAAGGUGGCGAUGUGAUAAAUAGUAGUACAUUCAUAUUGUCAGCGCAAGAUUUUGUCGCAAGACAUGUGACAUUCUUGAACUCCUACAAUCUAAACAGUCAGGCGCCAUGGAGGGCAAUAACAUGGGCACCAGCAGCCAGACUGACAGAAGACAGGGCGGCAUUCUGUGGCUGCAGUUUCAUCAGUGUACAAGACACGUUGUCCGACAUGGGGGGUCGCCAUUACUUCGAGUCUUGUUAUAUUGAAGGUGCUGUAGAUUUUAUAUGGGGUGCAGGCCAGUCAAUCUAUCAGAAUUGCAGAAUAAAGUCAAAUGGAGCUAUUAGUAAUGUAGCUUAUAUUACAGCUCAAGGUCGGGAGAGGGGAUCAGAUACAAAUGGUUUCGUGUUCAAACAAUGUUCAGUGGAAGGACCGAAGUAUCAGCCCAUGAGAAAAUAUAGACGCACAUUUUUGGGGAGAGGAUAUAGAAAUUACUCAAGGGUAUUGUUCUACAACUCAUAUAUGUCUGAAAUUGUUGCUCGCAAGGGUUGGGAGCAAUGGUAUGGUAACAGGCAUACACUCUGUUUUUCGGAAGCAGACAACUCUGGACCGGGUUCAGACAUGUCUAAGCGAAUAACUUGGAUGAAAAAAUUAUCUCAGCAGGAAAUUAAUCAGUUAACCGAUGUCAAUACUUUCAUCAAUCAAGAUGGGUGGUUAGAGAAGCAACCAAGAAUUUAA